AUGACACCCAAACGACUCCAGUUCUCGUCAGCGCUUGCACUGGGCAUCCUCUUGUUGGUGACCAUGGCUUUCGAAUCGGCCGAGGCACAUAUGGCCAUGCUCUACCCACCGCCUCGAGGCGGGUACGGAACAAAGGAGUUUAACUGGAAAAUCCACGAGUUUAUUGGCUACAAAGGGUUCAAAUACCCAUGUGGUGGAUACAAAAAAGGACCCAACACUCACAUGAAGGCGGGUCAGCUCAUCCCCGUGCGGUUCUGGACGACAGAGCUGACAAAGACGGACAAGCUACCCACGAAAAAAGUUCCUGAGGCUCGACAUGGAGGUGGAAUGUGCGAGUUUUCGUUGUCGAACGAUGGUGGCAAGAGCUUUCAUGUUAUUGCCGCCUAUACUAAGACCUGUCCUGAUGUGAUGUAUGAGUGGCCUGUUAGAAUUCCUGACAACGUUCCUUCAUGCAACAAUCCAGGCAAAUGCUUGUUCGCUUGGAGCUGGACCGCUGCUCUUAUUCCCCAAUUCUACCACAACUGCGCGGAUGUCACGAUUGCGGGUUCAAAAGACGGCAAAAUGCCAAAGAAGACGAUCCAGUUGUACGAUUUCGCCGGCCACAAGAAGGGGGUCACAUUCCCAGGUGAUGGUCAUUCUCAUGAUCAUGGUCCUGGUCCCAUCCCAGCUGAGGUCAGGAUUGCAUCCAGUCGCAAGUCUCUUUAG